AUGUGUUCGGAAUCCAAGGAUCCCCUGCCAGAACAAGACGAUACCUCCCCACAACAUCACGAUGCAUCCGUAGCACACACGGUCAUCAACAUGGCCAAGACUUGCAUGGGAACGGGCUGUCUCGCCUUGGCAUUUGCCGCUCAACAGGGUGGAAUUCUCCUGCACAUCUUUGGUUUGUUGGGACUGGGAAUCUGGAAUGUCGUCACAGUACACAAGCUCUGUCAGUGCCAUAGUAUUGUUCUUGCCCUCAAAGAGAAGGCGACGGAAAUGGAAGUUGACGAAGAGGCGCGGCUGCUUCACUCGUCCAGUACGGCGACUUCCACAGUCUAUGACAGUCUCGAGGUCCCGCCGAAGACUAUUACCGCAUCACGGAAAGAACAUCAAUUGACGAAAAAUGAGCCACCCAAGGGCAUGACCACAUUGGUACAACUGGCAUGGUAUGCUCUCGGACCAUGGGGUGCCCAUCUGUUGGAUGUGAUUAUGGUCUUAUACCUUAUUGGUGUCAUUGUGACCUACUUGAACGCCAUGCGAAGCUUCUUGGGAGACACUCCCUUUACCACGGGCAUGGGAUCUGUAGAUUCAUUUUUGCUGGUGGCAAUCAUGGGACCUCUUUCCGUGGUACCGCACACGGGCCAUUUGGCCAAGGCGAGUGCCAUGGGAUUGCUGGUACUCGUGGCAACCUUUGUGGUGAUUGCCUGGUAUGGCUUUUUUGUGGAGAAUGACGACAAUUCACAAACCUGGCAUGUCUUGGCAAGCGAUUCUCCCAUGAUGGAAAAUAUAAAUACAACGGCUCAGGACAGUGGUUCGUUUUGGUGGCCGCGAGCUGGAAUGGGCGGUGUGAGCCAGUGGUUUGGUAUAUGCGUCUUUGGAUUUGGAAUCACACCGCUGGCAUUUUCCUUUCGACAGGCCAUGCAAGAACCGCAGCAGCUCGUACCGGCAACAUCGUGGGCCAUGACUCUGGUCGCCCUUUCUUACAUUUUAUUGGGUGUCGGCCUGUUGAUCCCAUUUCCCAACAUUCAAGGUGAUGUCUUGCACGAGUUGCCUUCGGUGGGCUGGAUCCCCACACUGACACGCAUUUCCAUGGUCUUGGUCGUGCUAGUCACGGCUCCAUUGCUCAUUGUGCCUUGUGGAGAGCUGGUAGAAGGCAAGAUUGCCUCCUUUUGGCAUCACGAUGACGACGACGAUGAAUGGACGUUCCACAAGACCCCCUGGUGGCUCAAGGCUACGGUUCGUUGGAGUAUUUGCUUACUUUGUGCUGCCAUUAGCAGCUUUGUCCCUGGGUUUGUCAAUGUGCUGAGCUUUGUGGGAUGUUGUUGUGUAGCCGUGGUGGGGUUUUGCGUACCCCCCUUUCUACACUUGAUCCUUUCGGUACGCUUUGGUCUUCCUCGUGGCUCGUUGUCCGCAAGGUCUCUUGCGUGCUCCAUUGCCAUGGAUACCGCUCUCUUGGUGUGGGGCUUUUUGGCCACUGUCGUGAGCACUGUCUAUACCUUCUGGGAGUUGUCGGCGUAA